GUCGUCACUCGUCAAUAAUCCCAAUGUAUCAUUUUUAAUUUGCAAUCUCGCCAUAGGAUACGCCUCUAGAGCAUUGUACUUUCUGGCCUUCCAAAAUAAUAAAGUCUACCUACGGAUAAAAAAGACACGAAUUACUCUGCCAGUUUCUGAAUGGAGAGACUUGACGGUGAUACCGAAAUGCCAGCCCAAGACAACCCAAACUCUGAGCAGUCUCGCCUCAUCGGCUCCAACAUGCCCAGCAGGAUUAGCUACAUGAAUCUCAUAAGCAACUUAAGCGCGGUAGUGCUCGUGGCAAUCAUCAUCUACUGCUGUAUCGCCAAAGAGGAGACAGUCUUGUUUGCUCUCCAUCCCAUCUUGAUGACUCUCGGGUGGACAGUCUUCAUGACAUCUGCCGUGAACUCAAUUACACCUGGUGACCUGGCUACAGAGUGGAUGCCUAUUCGUCUGCGCAGCGCGCGCCACUGGGUGCUGCAGGUUUGCGCCGGGAUACUGAUCCUAAUUGCGUUUUUUUGUAUACUCUCAAAUAAGAUUAUUCAUGACAAGCCAAACUUUCAGACCUUGCAUUCUAAAUUUGGAUUGACCGCCUUAAUUUUUAUGUUGAUUACAAUGACUGGAGGUCUCGGAGCUCUGUAUAGUCUCAAGUUGAAACAUUACCUGGCCCCUAUUUAUACCAAACUGUUGCAUGCUUCUUUUGGCCUCCUAACCAUUGUACUUGGCAGCGUGGCAAUAAUACUUGGCUUCUUCUCCAACUGGUGGACAUUUGGAGAAAUUUUGCGGUACACUAACUUGACGUUAAUAUUGAUUGUCAUGCUUUUCACAAUAUUGCGUCCAUGCUUAAAAGUGUAUUUCCGUUUAAUGGAAAGAAUUGAAAAUGGCAAUUAAUGUAGGUACUUGAAGCCUAUCAUGAACUUAACCAAACUGAACUUAUUUGGUAUUUAUCACACAGAUACUGCAACCUAUGCAAUAUAAAUUUGACAGCGGCACCUUGUAAACUCGCGUCACUGCAUGCGGUUGCGGUACCUGUCUUUACCUGUUGGAUGUCUCAUGACCCACAAACCAACAAUAAUGAGGUUGGUAUAGUAUUUAGUAUUUUUAAUUUUUACGUGUCAAGAGGUAUAUAUAACACAUGUAACGUUUACGUACCUAUUAAAGGUAUUUUUACCUAUAAAGGUAAGUUUUUAGAAUAUUAUGUAUACCCAGAUCUAGAUCUUGCAUUUUUUUUUAAUAAUUAAAUUUGGUACCUAGUAGCCAAAUUCCAAACCAUGUGGUACAGUCGACUACAAGAUAUGUAUCCACUUUUUCACCUUAUUGCAUUGUGAUAAGGUGAAAAAGUGGAUACAUAUCUUUGUAGUCGACUGUACAUGGUUUUUAUCUCUUAUAUGUACUUACAUAGAAAGAGAGAGGGAAGGAAGAAGGACUAUCUCAAUAAUUAUAUCAUUGUUGGUUUGUGGGCCAUUUUGUGUGUGUAUGUUGCUUAAGCCUUACAAUAUUUAAAUUAGUCUAUAAUGCCUCCGCAUUCACAAUACUUUUGUGUACACAAACAAAAUUUAUACUUAAUGGACUUUUAAUGAAAAUGUAUGUAUUCAUCAAAUAUAUUUCAUAAUAUUUUUUUUAAACUUUAUGAUCUUGUACUAUUAUACAUGCAAUGAUUCUUAUACACAAAAUCGUCUGUUUUUAUUGGUCCAACAACAUAUCUUGCACUGUUGCACCACUUUAAUAAGUUACAUUUUAAGUGUAGGUGAAGGUACACACAUACUAUUGCUUAGGAAAGAAGUUAUUUAAUGUUAUUUGCUAUUUAAUUAAGUUUUAUUUUCCAAUAUAAUGAUAUCUUUAUUGUAUUAUGUUAUAAUGUCAGAAAGAGUUUUAUUAUACAAUAUUAGUAGGUAGUAGCAAGGAUAGGAUUUACAUACUCCAUACUAAGAAUCGUACCUCGAUUUUUUACCGCCACCUAUUUAAUACUAUCAUAACUACACUAAUGACGCCUACAAUUUUUUUUUCCAAAUGUGUA